AACCCGGAGUCCGGAUCCGAUCCCGCUCUGCACAUUCCGAAGGCAGGUGUCCGAGAUGGCUGAAGACGGGAGCGAGGAGAUCAUGUUCAUCUGGUGUGAAGACUGCAGCCAGUAUCACGACUCUGAAUGUCCCGAGCUGGGCCCCGUGGUCAUGGUCAAAGACUCCUUUGUGUUAAGCAGGGCAAGGUCGUCCCUUCCUUCCAACUUGGAGAUCAGACGACUGGAGGACGGAGCCGAAGGCGUGUUUGCUGUAACUCAGCUUGUCAAGCGAACACAGUUUGGUCCAUUUGAGUCGAGGAGAGUCGCCAAAUGGGAGAAGGAAUCUGCAUUUCCCCUGAAGGUGUUCCAGAAGGACGGGCACCCCGUGUGCUUCGACACCUCCAAUGAGGACGACUGCAACUGGAUGAUGCUGGUGCGGCCGGCGGCGGAGCCCGAGCACCAGAACCUGACGGCCUACCAGCACGGCAGCGACGUGUACUUCACCACGUCGCGGGACAUCCCCCCCGGCACCGAGCUGCGCGUGUGGUACGCGGCCUUUUACGCCAAGAAGAUGGACAAGCCUAUGCUGAAGCAGGCCUGCUCAGGUGUCCACGCUGCAGGAACCCCAGAAAACAGCACCCCGGUGGAAUCGGAGCCCAGCCAGUGGGUGUGUAAAGUGUGUUCCGCCUCCUUCCUCGAGCUGCAGCUCCUGAAUGAGCAUCUGCUGGGUCACUUGGAACAAGCCAAAAGCCUUCCCCCAGCCAGCCAGCACGAAGCAGCCCCUGAGAAGGAGCCAGACGUGCCCCGGGGCGAGGCUCCUGCAGUUCCCAAGAGUGUCAGUGCCGCCAAAGAGCACAAGAAAAAGCCUCGAAGGGGGAGAAAACCCAAAGCAUCAAAACCAGAGCAGCCUCCAGUCAUCGUUGAAGGCAAGGAGACAGCAGAGCAAGUGGCAGAGAUCAUUACUGAGGUCCCACCGGACGAGCCCACAGCCGCGACGCCGGACGAACGGAUCAUGGAGCUGGUUUUGGGGAAGCUGGCCGCCACCCCCAGCGAGGCCAGCUCGGUGCCUAAGUUCCCCCAUCAUCAGAGCAGCACCAUCACCCUCAAGAGGAGUUUGAUCCUCUCGAGCCGACACGGCAUGCGGCGGAAGCUCGUCAGGCAGCUCGGGGAGCACCGGCGGGUCUACCAGUGCAGUAUCUGCAGCAAGAUCUUCCAGAACAGCAGCAACCUGAGCAGGCACGUGCGCUCGCACGGUGACAAGCUGUUUAAGUGUGAAGAAUGUGCCAAGUUGUUCAGCCGUAAGGAGAGCCUGAAGCAGCACGUCUCUUACAAGCACAGCAGGAAUGAGGUGGACGGCGAGUACCGCUACCGCUGCGGCACCUGCGAAAAGACCUUCCGCAUCGAGAGCGCGCUGGAGUUCCACAACUGCAGGACAGACGACAAGACGUUCCAAUGUGAGAUGUGUUUCAGAUUCUUCUCCACCAACAGCAACCUCUCCAAGCACAAGAAGAAGCACGGUGACAAGAAGUUUGCUUGUGAGGUCUGCAACAAGAUGUUCUACCGCAAGGACGUCAUGCUGGACCACCAGAGGAGGCACCUGGAAGGAGUGAGGCGUGUGAAGAGGGAAGACCUGGAGCCGAGCGGGGACAACCCGGUCCGCUACAAGAAGGAGCCGUCGGGGUGCCCCGUGUGCGGCAAGGUGUUCUCCUGCAGGAGCAACAUGAACAAGCACCUGCUGACCCACGGCGACAAGAAGUACACCUGUGAGAUCUGCGGGCGCAAGUUCUUCCGCGUGGACGUGCUCAGGGACCACAUCCACGUCCACUUCAAGGACAUCGCGCUGAUGGAUGACCACCAGAGGGAGGAGUUUAUUGGCAAGAUCGGGAUCUCCUCAGAGGAAAACGAUGACAAUUCUGACGAGAGUGCAGACUCGGAGCCUCACAAGUACAGCUGCAAAAGGUGUCAGCUCACCUUUGGCCGGGGGAAGGAGUACCUGAAGCACAUCAUGGAGGUGCACAAGGAGAAGGGCUACGGCUGCAGCAUCUGCCACCGGCGCUUCGCCCUGAAGGCCACCUACCACGCCCACAUGGUCAUCCACCGCGAGAACCUGCCGGACCCCAACGUGCAGAAGUACAUUCACCCAUGCGAGAUCUGCGGGCGGAUCUUCAACAGCAUCGGGAACCUGGAGCGGCAUAAGCUCAUCCACACAGGGGUGAAGAGCCACGCCUGUGAGCAGUGUGGGAAGUCCUUUGCCAGGAAGGACAUGCUGAAGGAGCACAUGCGCGUGCACGACAACAUCCGCGAGUACCUGUGUGCCGAGUGCGGGAAAGGCAUGAAGACCAAGCACGCGCUGCGCCACCACAUGAAGCUGCACAAGGGCAUCAAGGAGUACGAGUGCAAGGAGUGCCACCGCAAGUUCGCGCAGAAGGUCAACAUGCUCAAGCACUACAAGCGCCACACGGGGAUUAAAGAUUUCAUGUGUGAAUUGUGUGGAAAGACUUUUAGUGAGAGAAACACGAUGGAGACCCACAAGCUCAUCCACACAGUGGGCAAGCAGUGGACGUGCUCCGUGUGCGACAAGAAGUAUGUCACCGAGUACAUGCUGCAGAAGCACGUGCAGCUCACCCACGACAAGGUCGAGGCGCAGAGCUGCCAGCUGUGCGGCACCAAGGUGUCCACCAGGGCCUCCAUGAGCAGACACAUGCGGCGCAAGCACCCAGAGGUCCUGGCCGUGAGGAUCGAUGACCUGGACCACCUACCGGAGACCACCACCAUCGAUGCCUCCUCCAUCGGCAUCGUCCAGCCUGAGCUGAGCCUGGAGCAGGAAGACUUGGCGGAGGGGAAGCACGGGAAGGCCGCCCGGAGAGCUCACAAGAGGAAGCAGAAGGCCGAGGAGGAGGCGGGGGCCGCGGGGCCCGAGGACGCCGCCUUCAGCGAGUACUCGGAGAAGGAGGCCGCGUUCACGGGCGGCGUGGGAGACGAGACCGACUCCGCGGUGCAGAGCAUCCAGCAGGUGGUGGUGACGCUGGGUGACCCAAACGUGACCACUCCGUCGAGCUCGGUCGGCCUGACCAACAUCACCGUGACCCCCAUCACCACUGCAGCCGGGACUCAGUUUACCAGUCUCCAGCCGGUGGCCGUCGGGCACCUGACCGCCCCGGAACGCCAGCUGCAGCUGGACAACUCGAUCCUGACUGUGACCUUUGACACCGUCAGUGGCUCUGCCAUGCUGCACAACCGCCAGAACGACGUCCAGAUCCACCCCCAGCCAGAGGCCUCCAACCCGCAGUCCGUGGCCCACUUCAUCAAUCUCACCACCCUGGUCAACUCCAUCACGCCCCUGGGGAGCCAGCUCAGUGACCAGCACCCGCUCACGUGGCGGGCGGUGCCCCAGACAGACGUGCUGCCGCCCCCGCCGCCACAGGCCCCGCAGCCGACGGCCGCCCAGCCCCAGGUGCCGGCUGAGCAGCAGCCCCAGAUGUACAGCUACUGAGUGCAUCGCGAGAACUCGAAGGACAGCUACGCACAGGUUCCCCUUUGCGUUUUUGAGAUUUGUUUGCUGGAUACCCAACAAACAAAAAAAUCACACGUCGCAAUGUAAGUAAGGUUGACUUAGCUUUUGCAGAAUGAUCUCCAGGUCCCCGAGCGACCAUUACCGUCUGUCAGCUUAGCUCCAGAAGUGACCCCGACAGGCCGGUGUAGACGUGAGCGGGUUCCGAGCUCUGCCUUAGCAGGCAGUGCAUCACGGGCCGUGGGCACGGCCCAGCCCCCCCUACACAACUUGUCUGAUGGACACAGGGUUUGGGGAAGCAAAACGUACAGAGAAGCAGAAUCGUAAGAGGCGAGUGGUAUGUUAUUAGGGACAUAAGUGUCCAUUUUAAUUUUUCCUUUAGAACUCAGUUGUAUGAAAAUAUAGACAGUCCUCAGAUGUGGCAGCAUGCUACGGUGAAACACGGUUUUCUCCUCGCUUCUGGAUUUUUUUUUGCAAAUGAACAGGUAGAAGUUGAAGUAUCGGUUAUUCUCUUCUUUGAAUUUGAGUCAAAUUAAAUUUGUGACACGACUUUGGGCUGAAACUACAUGUGAGAAGAUGCUCUGUGACAGCAUCUGACCCUCCCUUGGGCUUCAGCUUCCUCACAGACAAGGGGUCACGUGAGGUCGCUGACCAAGGCAUCUUAGUAAUAUAGUCUGUGAAUCGAUUUUCAGUAUCGUUCUUUUUUUUUUUUCAACUUGACUUCAUUCAUAUGUUAUAUAUUCAGGACUCUGUUGUGGCCAUGUUGUUUUUUUAUUUUCUUUUAACGUGCUAAAGUCGUUUGCACUGUAGGACUGUUGGUCCACGUUCAGUUCCGCACAACUGCCCAAAUGCAGAGGGGCCCGCGGUGUGUGCAACAAGGCAGCCUCGUGCUGCCCCUUCUGGUGGCUCCUUCGGAGCCGUCUCAGGAUUCUCUGCCAUCCAAAUAUAUUUAUUAUGGCUGAGGCUCAGCCAAAAUCCCCUGAACUGAAGGACAGGGAAGAAAUUCAUGUCUUCUUUCUGUAUAAACUUUAAUUCCAAAGGUUGAUGUGUUUCAAGACCAAUUUUCUAUAAAGAUGUUGAACGAGCAUGACUCUUUACAGUGGAAAAGAAAAGGUUUUUCUGUGAUAUGAGAUACCGCUAUUUCUCUCCAGGCAGUGGUGACAGCAGAAGAGGUUAGUCCGCUAAGUAGGAGCAUUACGCCCCUAACAAAUGAAUGUGCCGAUGAACAGCGAGCUCUGCCUCCCUGGGGCACGUGCUCUCAUAUGUGCGCACCCGUUUCAGAGACAGUGGGUGAGGCUCAUAGCGGGCAAGGCUCCUGCCUGCCGUGGAACCCGCAGCCAGAGCCGGCCUCCUGCUGCCCAGCCAGGGAAACAGAAGGAGGCGUGGGGAGCAAGGUUUGAUUUUUACCCUCCUGAUAUUUUCUAACGCUGUCCAAAUUGAAAUGCUAAAUUUGCCUUAUUUUGUCCUUGAUGACUAUUCGUCCCAGACUCUGUGUUAUUUGGGAAACCAUCUUGAAGAGAUACUGACCAUGAGGCAGUAGUGGAUAAAUGAGGCCACGAUAAUCUUAGGCUAAGGAUGAUUUGUUACGCAGAAUGCAGCUUUCUUAGCUCUUCACUUGAUUGGAAAUAGCGAGAUUCUGAGGCUAGGGCUAGAAUGUGUUUUGUGCAAUACAUGCCUUCAUGAACUAAGGAAAUUCAUCACCAUGCAGCGUGUGGAAGGGUCUCAGAGUCCACGUCGUUCACACUCACAGCUCAUUCAUACACUCCCAGCUCUCACCUCUCAGGUGAAUUCAUAGUGGGAGAUUGUUGGACUUUUUAAUUUAUGAUAAUUAUUUUUAUGUUAUUUAUGUAUAUAAUUAACUGCUUUAUACAUAAUAGUUUCAUCAAAUGAACUUGGGCUAGGGGUGAUAUAUUUUCUAAAACAUUGUCUCCGUUCUCCAAAUAGAAGUGGUCCAGUUAUCCAUGGAAUCAUCAAGAGUGCCAAGGUUCCUAAGAUAUUUUUUUAAAAAUCGCCGACAGUUUCUUUUUGCCUUUGCAGAAUAUAAAGGGCAAAUGACCAAGUAAUCCAAAAGUGAUUAAACAUCUGCUGGCGUUUAGCGUUUAAUCCUCUUCCCUAUGGAAUAAAGGCCUUUUAAAUCACUAAAGAAAU